UUUCAUAUAUUGUUUAGAAAUGUGUCCCAACACUCUCCGUUUCCUUAGAAAUUUUCCAAGUGUUUGUGUGACCCAGCAUUGCCUCUUCUCCGCGAAAGAGGCUGCUAUAGCCUUGCGUCCGUUUUAUUUUGCAGUUCAUCCUGACAGAUUUGCUCAAGAACCGGAUAUUCAAACGAGAAAUGAGAGAGCAUUGCAGGUCUUCAAUGGCUACAUCAACAAUUUAUUUCCAGAGCCUGUAACCCAAAUGCCUGUCAAUGUUGAGUUCACAGUGAGGGACACACUCUCCAACUUUAAAAGUAUUCGAAUAUUUCUUUCUGGCGCAGAUCCAGCAGAAAUUAUUAAACUAGCACUUGAAAGAUGUGAAUUAAGCACAGCCCAUUUGCCUGUACGAGACAACCUUUCACAAAACCAAAAAGGCACCAAAACGGCUCAACAAAAUUUUGCUCCAGGAUUAGACGAAAUUUGGAAGAAUUUACAAGAAAAUGAACGUUUAAGACAAAAACGUUUUUAUUCUGUUAAUUUAUUAAAUGAAUUAUCAAAAAAUCGAGAAUUGGCAAUGCAAAGAAAGGACGGACAUAAAGUUAUGGUUGAAAUAAUUGAGGACAAUAUUGAUGAGAUUAAAAGGAAAACUGGUUUAACUCAGAUCCUUUGGUCUAUAAAUUGGGAACUUACUUUUAUGCGUCGUUGCCUUAUUAAUGUUCUUGAAAUGAUCAACCAUGCAGACAAGCAUUCGAAGGAUUUUAUUAUUUAUUCUUUAAAUGGCAGACAAUUAACUUUUGGACGUGGUUCUCAUAUUUGUUGUAAUGGGUCUUUACAGUUUGGUGCUGAUGACGCUAUUGGCGCUUGGCAAAAAAUUUGUAUAGAAUCCACAAAAUUUCUAACAUUUGAAGUUCAAAAUCUUGAAAGACUUGUUCAACGAGUUGCUGAACUUUUGGGAGGAAUAAAUUUAUUAGUUCAACCUCAUGAUGGUUUACUUCAAACAAUUAAGAACGUGAAACUUUUUAUUGCAAGAAUUUGUUCACAACCUCCAUCAGAACUCUCAAAAAUUACUUCUCUUCUCAAAAAAGACCAGCAAGUUCAAAUUAUGAAUGGGUAUUCAGAAUUGGCACUUCUUCGAGGAAUUUUACAAAUACCUUGUAAUGUUGAUAUUCAGGCAUUGAAACAUUUUAUUGAUAAAAAUGAUGCCUCAAAAGCUGAGAAAAUGAGAAAGGAAUAUUUUGAACAGAAGUAUUUCUUGGAAAGCGUUAAAAAUUCAACAGUCUCACAUUUGGAGUUAAAUUCACUUAGUUGGGAUGCCGAUUUAAAUUUUACACGUUUAUUAGAUGCUUUACGAAAACUAUCAAAAAUCCAAAAAGAACAAAUUUCACAUUUCUCUGGCUUAGAAAUUCAUCUCGGAUCUGGACCAAAAAUUUUUGUUCUUGCUUCAGGUAAAAUUUCAGUGCCAAUUGAAAUGAUUGAAGAUUUUGAAAUUUAA